CCUAGCAAUAGGACCAUGCUGGUUUCAACAUCCCAAGGCCAAUCAGAUGAUGAUUCUGGGUCAGCAUCAGCUUCUGGAUCUGGUUCAAGCUCUGGAAGCAGUAGUGAUGGAAGUAGCAGUCAAUCAUGUAGCAGUGGCUCCGAGUCUGGUUCAGAGUCAGGCAGUCAAUCAGAAUCAGAGUCUGACACAUCUAGAGAGAAGAAACAAGUUCAAGCUAAACCACCACCAAAAGUUGAUGGAUCUGAGUUUUGGAAGUCCAGUCCAACUAUACUUGCUGUGCAGAGAUCAGCAGUGCUCAAGAAGCAACAACAGCAGAAGGCAGCCUCAUCAGACAGCAGUUCAGAAGAGGAUUCAUCAAGCAGUGAAGAUUCUGCAGAUGACUCUUCCAGUGAAACCAAGAAGAAAAAACAUAGAGAUGAAGACUGGCAAAUGUCUGUGUCAGGGUCAGUAUCAGGAACUGGUUCUGAUUCUGAAUCGGAGGAAGAUAGAGAGAAAAGCAGUUGUGAAGAUAGUGAAUCUGACUAUGAGCCAAAAAACAAGGUCAAAAGCCAGAAACCUCCAAGCAGAAUUGAGCCAAAAAGCAGCAAAAAGAUUGCAGGACAGAAAAAGAGGCAGCUUGAUUCAUCAGAUGAUGAUGACUAUGACAAGAGAGGAUCUCGUCGCCAGGCAACAGUCAAUGUUAGUUACAAAGAAACUGAAGAAACCAAGACAGAUUCUGAUGACUUGUUGGAAGUUUGUGGAGAAGAUGUCCCGCAGCCUGAAGAAGAUGAAUUUGAAACUAUAGAGAAGUUUAUGGAUAGUCGAAUUGGCCGAAAAGGAGGUAUUUUUUAUCAGCAUUCUUAAGAUGCUUAAGAUGCAUUGCGGUGCAAUGUAAACAGCAGUUAUUCUCAGCUGUAGGUGACCAGUGAUGUUUGUAAAGAAUAAGUUUAAAAAUACCAGAAAGUAAUCUUAUUUUGUUUUUCAUACUCAUGUUUCUUUUGUAAGUCUUAUAAAGUAAAACAUAGAAGAACUUCAGUAACUAAUUAAUGCAAAAAGAAAAAAUGAAGUGGAAUAUAGCUCCAUAUUGCAUAAAUGCAUACCAUACUGUUAUGUCAGUAUUUGUACAUCACUAUUUGUACAGUUUAUUGAUACCUGAUAGGUAUAAACUGUAUACAGGGGGGUGGAGAAAAAGUAGACUGGAUAGGACAGCUAACCAGUAGCCUGAAUGCUGAAGGAUGAUGUUGGGAAGGCUGAACCAUUGCGAUAGUGACUUCAGUUAUUCCUGUACAAAUAGUCCCAAUACAAUGCAAUGGAUGGUGGAAUCUAAAAUUUCAGUGGUAUGCUUGCAUGUGCACUUCUAAAAGUAAUUUUAUGAAUGAUGGUAGGGGUGUCAUAUUUCCAGCAUCUGAUG